ACAUCUUAGCGCCAAUUUCCCGCCAACUUGCUACUAUGUUUCAACAUGGCGGACGAAGUACGCUCACCGGCCAAAAAGCGAAGAAAAACCGGGAAGAGAGUAUUAGAUCGGGACAAGAAGGUCGAGGAACAAGAACAGCAUGUAAAAGAAAUAGAUAAAGAGAGAAGAAACAUCACAGAUGUCAAAAGCAAACUGAGAGAAGCAUUCAAAGUUAACCUUCCUCAAGACUUCUUUGAUUUUUGGGAGUUUUGCAAGACCAUCAAAAGAGAUAAUCCUUGCGAGGCACUGUGUGAUUCUCUUGGCUUAAAGCUGGUUGGUCCAUAUGAUAUAUUAUCUGGAUCAUUUGAUGACAUCAAUGAGUCAGACAUCACAUCAUAUCACCUCCACUGGAGAUAUUACCAUGAUCCUCCUGAAUUCUUAACUGUCAUAAAAGGGAAUGAUAAAACAGGAUAUCACUUGGGUUAUUUCAGGGAUGACCCAAAGAGUCCUCCUGUAUUUGUAGCCUCUAACCAGGCUGAGAAGACUUUUGAAUUCACAGUGCUAGGGGAAAACCUUUUUGCUGCAGUCAGCAAGUUUCUUGAUGAUUUUAUGAAGACGUCUAGUGCUAAAUCCAAACAAAAGUCACUGAAAGCUCUUCAAGCUUCAUUGACAGCACAAGCAAAAAAGUUGAAAUACAGCAUUGAAAAGAUAACACCUGCCAUCAAAGCCAGAAACAAGAGAGUUGUUAGCAAGACUUUUCACAAAGCUGGGAUUGUUGUCCCUGUGGAUGCAAAUGAUGUUGGAUAUCGCCCUCUUACUGUGACUGAUGGUGAACUGAAAAAAAUUCUCAAGAGUAUUACGGAAGGCAAAAGUGAGAAAGAGAAAGAACAAGGCUCGGAAGAUCUCCAAGAAAUCAUGACUUUGGUGCAGUUUGCAAAUGACGAGUGUGACUAUGGCAUGGGACUUGAGCUAGGACUGGACCUGUUCUGUUUUGGGAGCGAACGUUUUCACAACGCCAUUCUACAGCUGUUGCCUCUUGGUUACCGGUUACUUGGCAGAGACGAGUUUGCGGAGAUAGUAGAGAUUCAUGUCAAGAACCGAACCAGGGCUUCACUUAGCCAACUUCCUUCUUGAUCACGUGACCUUUCAUGUUUAUCACGUUUCACGCAUUUCGCGCAUUUUAUCACGGAGUUCAGUUGACAGCGAAAGAAAUCACGUUACAAAAAAAUUUCAACACAUUAUCAUGUAAAUGUUUUGUUUCGCAUCUUGGAUAUAAUCGCAAAAACAGGAUCCGAAAUUUCUUCUUUUUUUUUUUUUUUGCUUUUGCGCCAAGUGACGAUUAUAAAGCUUUGUUUCCAUAGUUUGAUGCAACAAUUUUGUUGCCAAAAUGAAUUCACAAACAGCUGAUAGUACACAUAAAUUUUGCCACAACUUUCGCGUGUUGGAUACUAGCAACGCGUGUAAAGGACUGGGACUAGGCAGCCGGUUAGAGCAUGCGUAUUCUGCACAUUUCAAUUCCAUUAAAACGGCGGCCAGUCGUGAAUGAUGAGAGGAUGUACUUUGACAGAAAUUAAUUGCUAUUUUCAGAGAUACUAUAAUGAGCUAAUCGUUGCAAUGGCACGCUGUAUGAAUAGCUAAGCGGCGUCAUUUAUGCUUAUGUAGACGCAAUGUUUGUGAAGAUAAAAUGGAACUCUGGAACUCACUGGGCUAGGAAGAAAAAACACACGCCUAAAACAAAACAGUGAACUUAUAUGUCACGGGUUGAGCUGUGAAGUAUUUAUGUCUUGCCGCAAAAGUGUAUGGAUGCAACACGGCCUGAACCACGACGUCAAUCUAAGAACAUGGUUGAGUAAAAUUUAUUAUCUGUUCAAAUCCAAAAGAGGAUUUUCCUCCAAAAUCUUCGCUUUUUAAUUGAAUUGUUUAGUUUGAGUUCUAGAAUAGAUCAUAAUACGAUUUUCCUUAUUUACACGCGGAUUAAAAUAACAAUCAAGGCGUGCCUCGCAGUCCAUAAAACCUCCUGUAUUUCGGAAAAUCUUUUUGUUUUAAGUUUCUGUUUGUUUUUCUGCUUACUGGGAAACGCUGCUGGACUGUUAUACGGUUAUUUAAAGAACAACGACGCUGUUAAUGGUGGAAAAUUUUCGAAUUAGCUUAAAGAAACACCAUUGGCUUGUUGAGGACCAGAAAUUUUGAAAUUGGGCCGAAAAUUUGCCUGAGUUUACAAAGCCAGUUUUGGGACAGCCAUCUUUUUGUCGCUAAAUCACUCAUUGUAUUCCUUCACUUGAUAUUUACGAGUCGUUUUUUCUUACAUUGGCAAGCUAAAUUGAAUCUUGGAGAUGAAAAAAAGGGAUAAAAGUUGAAACAGGA